AUUAGCUCUCAAAAGAAUAUAACAGGACCCAAGUUUCUUGACCUAGUAGCUUUGGUGCCACAACUCCAAUCCUAAAUCCUCAGGGACAUCAAAGUCAGUGCUCAAAACGACAGCACUUUAUACCCAGCUGGCCUGGAACAUGCAAGAAACCAAGCACCUGUCAAUCAAUCCCUCAAACAACUACCACCUCUUGCUUUGACUUUUAUUUAUUGCUAUAAAAUGAUUUUAUCGAUAAAUCUUUGAUCUUGAAGAAGACCUGAGUUGUUCAUCUGCCCCAUACAGGGUAGGGUAUAUUGAGAUUUUGGUUUUUGUUGUAGAAAGAUUUUUGAAUCAGAUUGGUGUAAGUUUUUUGCUAGAAAUAAUGGAUCUUGAUUUGAACCAAGAGCCUUUAUACCCUUCCAAUGACUCGCUGUUGGGACUAGCAUCCAUACGAGAUGAAUUAGAAAACACCCAUGGUCAUAUAGAAGAACGCCUCAGGCAGCUUGAAGCAGUUACUUUCAGGGCUAGACAACGACAGAGAUGGAGACAAAGUCACUUUACCCCUCAAACAGUGAAUGUUUCUGUGGAACCAGCUACUGUUAAUGUUCGCAGUGAUGGUGAGCUGCUUAUUGGGGAGGCUAGUGUUGCUACUGAAGAAAGGAGAGAUGAGAUGAAUAAAUUUGGCAAAAGAAAGAGUACCUAUUUGAUAGCUAAAGCGUUAGGCAGGAAUGGGAAUGGUAAGAAGGCCAGAACUGACAGGAGGAGUGUAUUUGAUUGUAACGUAUGCCUUGAUAUGGCACAAGAUCCUAUAUUAACUUGUUGUGGACACCUGUUUUGCUGGCCGUGCUUCUAUCAGCUGUCUUAUGUUUACUCGAAUGUGAAAGAAUGCCCUGUUUGUGUGGAAGAGGUUACAGAUACAAGUAUUAUUCCAAUUUAUGGCAAUGGAAACAGUGAUGAUAACAAGAAGCUCAAGUUAAAGGAGUCUGGCUUGAGGGUUCCUCCUAGGCCCUCUGCACAAAGAGUUGAGAGUGUGAGACAACAACUCAUUAAUCACGGUGCAUUUUCUUCUUCCAUUGAGGAAAGAAUGCGGUAUAUUGGCAAUGUGCUCAUUGCAAUGGGGGAGAUACCUCCGUCAGAGGGUCUUGAUGGUGUUCCUCUUGAAUCUGACAGAAUCAGUUUCUUGGCAAAUCGAACCAGUACUUCUCAGGCACUGCCUUCCAUAGGAGCAGACAGGAGCCAGCACCACCGUUCUGUUCAAGUUUCUAGGUUACUGUUUCAAGGAGCUGCUUCACUAUCCUCCUUUUCAUCUGCAGUGAACUCUGCAAUGGAAUCUGCUAUGGAAUCUACUGAAAGAUUAUUUGAGGACCUUGGGGCAAUUUUGCACAGCCAUCGUGGGAGAAGAAACCAUCAACAAUCUUCACGUCCUGCUGAUAGAGAUUCAUUUUCAAGCAUUGCUGCUGUUAUUCAACCUGACGGCCAGAACCCGGAUACUGUUGCCGAUGCUGAUUCUACAUUGCCACAGUCUGCUUCUUCUUCCAGGCCUGACGAUGUUGUCACUGUUUCUCAAUUGGAAAGCCAUAGAAUGGGUACUGCUAUAGAAAGCAAUUUUAGUGUGCCCAUUUCUUCAUCUUCUAGAAGAAGAAAUCUAGUUUUUAGGCUUUCAGAAGUGGACAAUAGUGUAGAAACAAAUUCUUCAUCAUCCAGGAGAAGGGUUGAAGUUCCUAGAGCUGCAGGAGCAGACAAUGCACAUAACCGUGAACGUAGAAGGAGAAGCUUGAACUGAUGUAGCCAUAGAAAUAAGGGUUAAAUUGAUUGCAUGUUCCUUGUCUGAGUACUGUGAUUUAGUUGUGUUGUUGGAAACUGAUACAUGUUUGUGUUUAUGAAGACCGUGUUUGCCAAUCUAGGCAUUGAGUGCCAAUUGCAAUUUAAGCAAAAUAUUGGGAUCACACUACAGGUGUUUAUACUUUUGCUGUUGUAGAUUUAUUAUCUGGCUGUUUCAUUGGGAAUCUAUGUGGUUUCUUACUAAAGACACGUUUACCGAAGCACGCAGCAUCAUCCUUGAUUGCAUAGUAGGUGUUCUAUAAGACAGAAAGCAGCUAUUUAACCGGUACGCGCAUGAACUCUUGGUGAAAGAUUCGUUUGGUUCUUUCUGCCUUUAGUUAUAUACAAUAUACAUGUUCAAUAAUUUUAUUUAGUUUUUUAUUUCCUUUUUGAAUUUUUUGCUUCCCUGUUCUUUUGUAUUUGUGAUAUCCAAAUUCAGUGCGACAAGAGACUUCACACCUAAACUUUUUGUUGCUCUGUUAGCCUUGUACAGGCUUCUCUUUUUCUACACAUUACCAUACCAUGUUGUUGUGAAAUUUUUUAGACACGUAACAGUAUCCAAACAACUAGUUGAUGCUUUGUCGAAAGAUGACAUUGGCUAUCACAUGGGUUUCAUUAAGAUAUCUUGCAUGCCUGGUUAAUAUCAAACUGCUAGCAGAUUUGGAUUGAGGACUUUGCCAUCCUUGUUUCAUAUCAAUUACAUCAGUUUCAUGUGCAUGACAAUACUUCUUACCUUUCUUGCUCCAUAGUUUUUCAUGUCCCUUAUUUUUUAGGCUAGGGAUAGAACAGUAAUCUAGUUACUUCUGUUAGAAAAUACAUUAUAUGUCAAAUAUAAAUAUAGUAGUAGAAAACCAUCUCAUGGAUCAUCAAUACAUGGAGUUCUUCCAGAGGGACUUAGGUUUAGUUGAGGUUUUAGUUUUGGGGGGUUUAAGUGUGCAAAGUUUGAUAUUUUAGGUGUGGAAAUGAAUUGAUUAUAGAAAUGGUUAUAGUUUCAGAGUUGAAAGAAACAUUAUAGGCCUUGGACUAUUGAAGGGAAGGUCUCAUGCAAGGUUACAUGGUAGAGAGCCUUAAAUUUUUUGGCCUAGUUACAAUUGCUUGGCUAUUUCUGAACCCUUUUACACGACAUAGUACACACUACACAUCAAUUACUUGCACAGCUGAACUUUCACCUAUUGACCGCAUAUUUACCAACUCGUUACUCUAAGCUAGAGCUACAACUAGUUGGUCUAUCCAGAAAAAUCGCUACCGAAACUAACAAUGGUAUUUUAGAUUCCACCAAGUGGUAGCUCCUGACCUAAUUUGCUGGUGGCAGGGAAAUAUUAGUCUUCCAAGGGAGAAUCAGAAUUCUUAUGUUUAUUAAUGCAACAAUAGUUUUGUGAUGAUUUAUCUUUGAUCCCUCACUUGUGCUGUUAGUAUUACUGCGUUUUAAACUUUGCAGUUUGAACUCAUGGUAUCGUGGCAAGAGAAUGGUUAAAUGAUGUUUUAUCAUUAACUAUUUGUUCAUGCGUGUUAAAACGUUGCGUCUGUUGGCUGGUAACCUACGUAUAUUCGUAUAUUUUUUGUUUUGAUUUUGUAUGUCAAAAAAAAUGAAUUAUAGGUUUCUUCGAAUGUUUAAAAAUGAUAAGGUGUAGUGUCAGGACAUGUUCCAAAUAUGCAAAAGAACACGAGCAAAAACUGUAGGCAGACAAUAUGGCAGAGUCGAGCAAUUUUAAGAACACAGAAAAACAGACUUGAAACCAACCGUUGUCAGACCAUAAACCAGUUAAAUAAUUAUCAAUAGAGGCUUGUUUAAACUCUCCUGCCACAAGCUAAAUAUGAUCGUGUUGUCCCAUCUGCAAACUCCAUUUAUGAAAAGUCCAAAUUUCACAGAGAAAAGCUUUCUGAAAAUUAGAAAAGAUUUGUCAGACUAUCAGACAAAUUAAACGUAUGAAAGCUCAAUUUAGUUUUGACAUUUGUAAUUGAUUUUCUAACAACUCUCUGUUCUCCUGAAAGUAUAAACACGACACAAGAAAAGAAUCUGUUCGCAAGUUCAUCACAUAUCUCAAAUAGCAUUCAAGGUUGAAGUGUUGGUUUUCACGAUGUCUAUUAUCUUUAUGUCUCAAAAUGCUUUCUCUGCAUACAGACAGGAGGGUUAUCGGAUUAGUGGAAAAUCCUGCUCAUUGGACUCUGGUUGAUGCUCAAGGUGUUGGCAAAUUCUAUUACCCAAACAAGUGACUAAAAAAUGCAGAAUCCCUAUAUCCUUUCUUAGAACUGGGGCAAGUUAUUGUGAACCAGUUUGAAGCAAUGACUGUCCAUGGACCAUUAGCUGGGGAGGUAAGAAUGCCUCAGAUGAAGUGUUUAUCUUAAUUUGUGCAUGCAACUUUGAGGGUAGGAUUGGCCCUAUUUCCUUAGAAUGUGAACUAGAAGAUUAUCCAUAUUUGCUUGGGUCUUGCAGGGAAAAGGGCUCUCGUUUGAACUGUGAAUCCCACUAAUAGUCAAUCCAUUGAUAAUCUCUUAAAAAGAGAGCAUGAAUGAUCACAUAUUGAGUCGAGCAUCUCAGUACGUGAUCUAGCAAAGUGGUAGAGGGAAAUCCCUACAGGCUAGUGAUUCAUUACUGGUGAAAGAGUGGGAUCUCACACUAAGCUUCUCAAAAACUAAAGUUAUCCUAAACGCAUGCCACUUCUCUGGUGGACUCUAUUGGAGAGGUAUUAUUAGGUGUUUAAAAAGGAUUUGUAUUGACAAUUAAGUAAAGGUUGGUCUCUCCUCCUCAAUGUUUCGACAAAGAGCAUUAAUGUCUUGCCGGAUUUUCUUUU